AUGCCUUUCAACAACUUCUGGCGCACGUUUUUUGCCAUCGCUUUGACAGCCGCCAUUUUUGCCACGAUUGUGGCAGUACUCUGCUUCAUCCAUCGCAGAGAGACACGCCGUGCUCAGCAAGCAGAGGCACAGGCGCAAGCACCAGCACCAGCACCAGCACGAAAUGGGAUUGAUCUGCCUGUUUUGAGCCGGAACAAUGACUUCCGCGAGUCAGACGAGACCCUGGUUACGCCAGCGCGGCCGCUUGUGCCUGCAUUCUUGAGGCCUCCCAUACCAAGAGCAGCAAAUCGCUGCCCUGUCUAG